CACAGAGGCAGCACAAUGUGGCCGAUGAUUUUCUUCUGCGCUUGUUUUCUAAGUAUUUCAUCAGCUUGUGAUUUUGAUCCGUCAUCCCCCCUUGAGACUGGAAUCGUUUGCAGGGUGACAAAACCAGCUGCCCUGGUGUUAAAUGAGCAGACUGCACAAGUGAUCCAAGCAGCCUUCAGACAUGCAUCUUAUCCAGACAUCAAUGGAGAGAAGGCCAUCAGAUUUUUCGGACAAGUGACCUAUGGUUUGACUAACAUCCAGAUAAGCAAUUUGACAAUUGGUAGCAGUGAAGUGGAACUAAGGGAAGAUGAUGCUGUAUAUAUCAUGAUCAAGAACGUGAGUGCAUCCUUCAGCGGGACUCUGAGCUAUGGCUAUGGAGCCUGGUUUAUGAAAGUUGGACAAACCAUUGACUUUGAAAUAGAUUCCUCUACUGAUUUACAAAUCAACACCAAACUGACUUGCGGAAACAACCGAGUUGCUGCAGACACAUCAGAUUGCUACUUGACAUUUCAUAAACUUGUAUUACACCUCUAUGGAGACAAACAGCCUGGAUGGUUGAAACAGCUUUUUACAGAUUUUAUUUCAUUCACUUUAAAACUUGUUCUUAAAAGGCAGAUUUGUAAAGAAAUUAAUUAUGUGGCCAAUUUGCUUGCUGAUUUCAUCCAGGACAAAGCAGAAGACUUCCUGAGAGAUGGUGACAUUGGGGUGGAUAUUUCUGUUACAUCCUUUCCUGUUAUUAAAGCAGGUUACAUGGAGUCACGUCAUAAGGGUGCUGUCCUCUACAGGAAACCCUCUGACAUAUUUAACAGCUCAUUGUACACCCCUUCCCUUUUAUCUGAAAACAGAAUGCUUUACUUUUGGUUUUCCGAGCAUGUGCUGAAUUCUAUGGCACAGGCCUCAUUUUUUGAUGGCCGUUUAGAGCUGAAGCUCACAGGAUCAGAACUUAAGGAUAUCUUAAAAGAUGAUGAUACAGAAUCCCACGAAGCAAACCAAAAGAUCUUUCAUGGACUGUCACUGAGUAACUCAGUAACAAAAAUAUGGAGUCUUACCCCGCCAGAAAUCAGAAUCACUCCUGAAGGAACAAUUGUGACAUCAUCAGUGGCUGUCCAACUGAAUUCUACAUUGAGUACAGAAUCACAAGUUGUUGGUUUAUACUUUGAAACAGAUGUUACUGCGACAGUGAAGGCCUCAUAUGCAGAUAAAAAGCUGAUAUUGAACCUUUCUGAUUCUAUAGUUCACAUCAAGACUUGCACAAGCUCCUUGCAAACAUCUGCGAAGGAAAAAGAAAUCAGACAAUUUCUCCAUAAAACUAUUUCUCUGUAUGGGAUUGCUGCUGUUAUGAAACGUAUGGAACCAGCUUUGACAUCACUGAUGAAUAGUAAAGGGCUUAAUUUGUUUGACAUUAUAAAUCCUGAAAUAAUUCAUCAUAAGGGAUAUUUAAUUGUGCAACUGGAUUUUGGAUUUCCUCAUCACCUUCUAGUGGAUUUCUUAAAAAAAGCUUUGUAAAGCCUUAUUGUUUUUCAUUAGCUAAUAAAGGUAAUCAAAUAAA